CCCUGCACUCACUGGGCGCUCCGAGGCUCGGCCAUGGCGCACAAGCCGAAAAGGACUUUCCGGCAGCGCCGAGCUGACGACAGCGACAGCGACGGCGCCGAGGAGCCGCCUGUGGGGCUCGGGACGCUCAAGGAACGGGGCCAGCCCACUGGAGGGGAGCGUGCGGAGGCGGAGGAAGGGCCCCGCCGAGCCCCGGGCCCUCGCGGCAGGGGUCGGGGCCCGGUGUGGGCGAGCUCCCGGCGCGCCGCACGAGGGGCUGCCGCCCCGGACCGAGGCUCGGGCGCCCCAGAAUCCAGAGUGAUUGAUCUUUCAUCAGAUGAAGAGGGUACGAGCCAUGACUCCUCAGAAAGCCAGGGUAACCAGAGUCCAUCAUCUGACACCUCUAGCCCUCUGGCAGAAAGACCUUUGCCAGCAGGGGAAGAGGCUGCAACUCCCUUCUCCUCAGGAAGCAAAGGUGAUGAGACUCCAUCUUCUGAAAGCUCUAGUUCUCUGGAAGAAAAAACAUUUUCAUCAGCAGUUAAGAUGCCUGAUGCAGCUGUCAUUCAGGCAGCCCGCAGAAAACGGGAAUUGGCCAGGGCCCGAGAUGACUACAUUUCAUUAAAUGUGAAACAAAGUUCCACCCUCUCUGGUCUGAAGGGAGGCAGCGAUGAGGACAGCGAAAGUGAGCCUGAUGGUCCAGAGGCAAGAAUACCAUUUACCGCGAAGCCCCAGACACUUCGGCAGAGAAUGGCUGAAGAGACAACAAGCAGACAUGAAAGUAUAACUGAAGAGAACCAGGAAGAUGAAAAUCAAUAUAUUUGGGAAGAGCAGCAGAUGAGGAGAGCAGUUAAAACUGUGGAGAGAGGAGGCAAAAAGUUAUCCCACAAUGGGGAAACUCCAACUGUGAAGAAGUUAAACACUUUGAUUUCAUUUCCACCAGUAAAUUUAGAGAUUAUAAAGAAGCAGUUAAAUGCGAGGUUAACAUUACUGCAAGAUACUCAUCGCUCACACCAGAGGGAAUAUGAGAAAUACUUGCAAGAUGUGGAGAGCUCAAAGAGUACAAUCCAGAACCUAGAAAGCUCAUCAAAUCAAAAUCUAAAUUAUAAAUUUUAUAAAAGCAUGAAAAUUUAUGUGGAAAAUUUAAUUGGCUGUCUUAAUGAAAAGGUUAUCAACAUACAAGAAAUAGAGUCAUCCAUGCAUGCACUCCUCUUAAAACAAGCCACGACCCUUGUGAAACGCAGGCAAGAUGAAUUAAAACAUGAAUCAACGCAUUUACAGCAGUUAUCAUGCAAAGCUGAAACAGAUGGAAGCUUGGCUAUAGAUGAAAAAACUCAGUGGAUUUUAGAAGAGAUUGAAUCUCGAAGGCAAAAGCGAAGACAAACCAGGGCCCUUUCUGGAGAGUCCGGCCAUCAGGAGGGGACAUCCAGUGACGAGGAGCUGUCCUCUGCGGAGAUGAGUGACUUCCAAAACAGGUCAGAUGACAUUAUAAAGGAUCAUAAGAAAGUUUUUGAAGAUGUGCAUGAUGAUUUUUGUAACAUCCAGAGCAUUUUAUUGAGAUUUCAACAAUGGCGAGAAAAGUUUCCUGAUUCCUAUUAUGAAGCAUAUAUUACUUUAUGCAUACCAAAGCUUUUAAAUCCGCUAAUAAGGGCCCAGUUAAUCAGCUGGAAUCCUCUUAAGUUGGAUUCCAUAGGUUUAAAACAGAUGCCAUGGUUCAUAUCGGUAGAAGAAUUUGUGGACAACAGUGUGGAAAACUUAAAUAAGGACAAUUCUGACAAAAAAAUCUUCUCUGCUAUCAUCAACAAAACAGUUAUUCCACGGCUGAAAGACUUUAUCGAAUUCAUCUGGGAUCCUUUGUCAACCACUCAGACAAGAAGUUUAGUAAGGCACUGCAGCAUGAUUUCUGAAGAACUUUCUACUUGUGAAAAUGAAGUUAAUACAGGCAAACCGGAUUUAUUUAAAACUAUCAUUUUAAGAAUGAAGAAGGCAAUAGAAGAUGAUGUUUUUAUUCCUCUGUAUCCAAAGAGUGCUGUAGAAAACAAAAUGUCACCACAUUCAAAGUUUCAAGAAAGACAGUUCUGGUCAAGUCUAAAGCUCUUCCGCAACAUUCUUCUUUGGAAUGGACUCCUCCAGGAUGACACCCUUCAAGAACUAGGUCUAGGGAAGCUGCUGAACCGCUACCUUAUGAUAGCUCUUUUUAAUGCUGUUCCUGGACCAGAGGUUGUUAAGAAAUGCAUCCAGAUAGCAGCUUGUCUACCCGAAAAAUGGUUUGGAAAUUCUGCCAUGAGGACAUCUAUUCCCCAGCUAGAAAAUUUCACUAAAGUUUUACUGCAGUCUGCACAUAAGUUAUCUGCAAGUGAAUUCACGGAUGAAAUCAAAGAAAUUAUUCUUAUUCUGGUGAAAAUAAAAGCUUUGAAUCAAGCAGAAUUUCUUAUAGAAGAGUAUCAUCUAGACAACUUUAAAUCACUAAUUGACGUCUGAUUAAAUCUUAUAGGAAAGUCCUAAAGAAGGAGACUUUGAAUACAGUCACAUUCAAUGCUAUCACAUGAAAAAAACAAAACAAAACAAAAACCAAACCUGGUCCCUCUUUAUUCCCUGCACUGAGGCUGGACUCUGCGAGA